UGAUGGCCCAAAAACUGCAACUAGCGAGCAGCAGAAAAAAGUUGAAGAAAAAAUAAAUUGCUUAUAUUUAGAGCUGAAAAGUCUUCCUAAUUAUCGAAAAUAGUAAGUUAAAGCUUACGCAUCGAGUUUUGCAAACAUGAAAAUUUCUUAAGAAGGGGUUUAAAAAAACUAAGGCAAGACUAUUCGAACUUGGACGCCAGUCGCCCCUGGCUUGUCUACUGGAUUCUUCAUUCUAUGAGCCUGUUAAAGUUGGACAUCUCAAAAGAGGAACGAUUGAGUGCUGUUGGUUUUUUGUCUCUGUGCCAAAAUCCUACUGGUGGCUUCGGAGGGGGCCCCCAGCAGCAGUCCCACCUGGCUCCAACGUAUGCCUCCGUCUGUGCUCUGUGCACAGUUGGGCUUCCGGAGGCCCUCAGUACGGUUGACAGGAAAAUGAUGUACCGCUUCCUUGUUUCCUUGAGAAGUAGAGAAGGAGCUUUUAUGAUGCACGAAGGUGGUGAAGUCGACGUUCGGGGCUGCUACUGCGCUGUUGUAGCAGCAAAAGUGUUGCAUAUCGGCACUCCCGAAUUGUUUAAGGGGACGGCCGACUGGAUUGGCAGUUGCCAGACAUACGAGGGCGGGCUGUCCGGUUAUCCAGGGCUUGAGGCACAUGGCGGAUACACCUACUGUGGCGUGGCUGCUUUGGUCCUUCUGCAGCGGACUGAUGCUAUCGACUUGGAGCGGCUCUCUCAUUGGUUGGUUCAAAGACAAAUGAGCGUUGAGGGUGGCUUCCAGGGCCGCACAAAUAAGCUUGUGGAUGGCUGUUAUUCAUUUUGGAUAGGUUGUCUUUUUCAACUGAUCGAUCCCAUCCUCCCGCGCAGCGCAGACAGCAGUCACUUCUUUUACAAUCGAGACGCCUUGCAAGAGUACAUACUAUUUCUUGCUCAGUCUCCUGGCGGAGGGUUUAGGGACAAGCCGGGCGUCCCCCCCGACUACUACCACACUUGCUAUGUGUUGAGCGGAUUAAGCGCCUGCCAGCACGGAGGUCGAGGCGCUCGGAACACAAGCAUCGUUGGCCCUUUCUCGAAUCUACUGAGCCCCAUCGAACCGAAAAUCAACAUAUGCCUGCACGCUUUUAGGAAAGCAGAAGAGUAUUUUUCUGCGUUGGACGGGUUGCACUCCAGGAUAGUCGAAGAGCAGUGAGCUCCUCACUAAUACGCGGUGUAUGCCAGAGCUCGCUACACUAAGCUUUAUUGCAAGGAGAGAGAUCGCUCUGCCAUGUUGACUAUAUUAUUGGGAGUUACUUCCUCGGCCUAACGUUAGAAAAGUUGAUGGGACUGUAAAGAAAAGACAGUAGACA